UAUCCUCUGCAACUCCCAGUCCCGAUGCCCGACGGUGCAGCACCGCCCAACGCCGCCCGACGGAGGAGCGCCUCCCAAGAAGGUCGUGCGGCUGUGGCGAUCCCUUCCCAACCCGACGCACUCUAGCCCGGUCGCCCAGCUGCACCCUGGUGGACGGUGGUGGAAGAGACCUCGCUGGCGGAGGACGCCGGCCGUGAGCUUGUGAUUAAAGCGAUGGCAGCCGCGGGUAGCCGGGAACAACGACGAUGGGAGACGAGAUGGAUGAGAUAUGGAGCUUUCGGAGGGGCGAUGGAGAUCGACGGGAUCCAAGUCACAGUAGGAUUAAUUUGCUUGAUUUGCUUCUUUUCUCUGAGUCGUGCUCUACCUGCUACUUGCUCGUGGGAUCAUCAUAUUGCUGUCGACCUGUCGUUCAUCCGAGCUGCUUUGAUUCGAUCUGAGUUGAUUUGAUUCAUCGAUCUUUUACGAGUACUAUUUUUGUGAUUAUUUUUUUCUGCCGUUCAAACCACAGUUAGUGUUACGGUUAGUUCGGUUUAUGACCGAGACCGAACCGAACAAACCGAAGACCGAAUCGCUCGGUCCUGAGUUUUCUUGAAGACCGAGUGAUUCUAAAAACCGAAUUUUUUAAAAGACCGAAAAACCGAACCGAUUUUUUCGGUUAGACGGAAUGCCCACCCCUGCACCUGUCAGCGGCUCUACUUUUCGCCUUCGCGGUCAAGAGUUUCGCUCACGCCGAUCGCGCGCGGCGAGCCACCGCCGCCUCCGGCAACAAACUCGCCGCACACCUGCCACUCCGCCGAGAUCUCACGCCGCCCUCUUGCCGGGCCGGCGGAUAAAUCGCCGCCCGCUUGCCCAAGGGGGCACGUCGAGCUGUCCCCCACGAGCCUGAGGGGCAAGCUGUCCAUGGUGGACCUGCUCGACUUCGGGAGCGGCGCCGGGGCGCUGGCGGUGAGGGUCGACACCAUGUUCGUCGCCGGCUUCGCCAACCGGAGCGGCCACUGGCACGCCCUGCGCGGCAGCGACCACCUGUUCCACCGCGGCGACCACCACCACCAGCGAGCACGGCCCCUGCUGCUCCGGCCGAUCGCGCGGGCCGUGCUGGAGGCCAGCCGGAUGGGGAGGGCGCCCGCCGGGGAGCAGGCCCGGAUCGCCGACGAGCACCUGCCGUACAUCGAGCACUGGGACGCCAUGUGGCACGAGCUCGGGAGGUGGAGGCGGCGCGGCGAGUGGGGCGGGCCGUUCACCGGCGUGCUGAGGGAGCGCGCCAACAUCGGCAGCGCGGAGGAGGCGCUCGCCGUCGUCGGCUGGACGUUCCGGCAGUCGGCAAAAGCUGCUCGGCGACGGCUCGGCGGCGGCGAUGUGCCGCACUGAGUCUACUGACCUCUAUGAUAAACUGUUAAAGUUAGUUGUAGAGUAGUAGUAAUAACGUUUCCAUUAGCGACAAGUUCUCGUUCAUUUGUGUAUGUGUGUGAGUCCACAAUUUCCAGCAGCAGAUUAGCUUGCGCCUGUGUUCGAUUGUUGGGGUUGGAAACCAUCCCCUCUGCACGAAAAACGGAACCGUUUAUUA